AUGAUUGUACCUCGUCUUCGGAGUGAAGCCCGUGGCGGGUCAUCAUCAGGUUCAUCAAAUCGUUACAGUAAUAGCGGUGGUGUUUAUGGUGGUCGAAUUCAUCAUUCUAAUGAUCCUGAUCUUAAACGAGCUCUUCAAUAUUCCUAUGCAUCACAAGCUGUACGAAAAUGGGAAAAACGAUGGGUAACCAUUCAUGAAACAUCUAUGCGUGUUCAUAAAUGGAUGCCAGCACCAACAUUAGCUCCAACACUUGCUUCACAAAUUGUUGCUGAUAAAACAGCUUCUAUGACAACAAAUAAUACAGAUCAACAACAAGAACAAGAAAGUGUACCGAACUCGACACAAGAUACUCAAAUGAUGGUUGAUGAAGAAAGCACCAGUCAAUCAAGUCAAAAUUGA